AUGCCUUAUAUUGAGAAAACUGAUACUGUAUUAAUAUUUCCUGGGUCUGGUCUAGGCAGAUUGAGUUAUGAAUUUGCAAAAUUUGAAUUCGGAAAAGUUAUAUCUAUUGAAUAUUCUGGAUUGAUGAAUGCAUUCUCGAGAUUUAAUUAUAGUAAGAGUAAGAAGUCAUAUACAUUACAUCCUUAUAUCCAUACAUGUUCUGAUUUUUAUAAUACACAAUCUCUAUUACGAACAUUUGAAUAUAAACCAAUAAGUGAAAAACCACAAAAUUUGGAGAUAAUAGAGAAGGAUUUCACAUUAUUUGAAUUACAAGAUAAGGAGAAGUAUAAGAAUGUAGUUGUGGUGUCUGUUUUCUUUUUGGAUACUGCUGAGAACCUAAUGGAUUAUUUAGACACUAUUGAAAGAAUCACCACUCCAGUUAAUAAAAACCAAAAAGGGUAUUGGAUUAAUGUGGGUCCUUUAAAAUAUGGGAGUGCUGCUCAAGUUGAAUUAAAUGCUGAUGAAUUAAAAGACAUCAGACUGAAAAUGGGCUGGAACGACAUAGAUUCUGAUUAUACCAUAUAUAAUCCAAAAACUUUAGGAACUAAUAAUGGUCUUGUUGGAUAUGUUACUGAUAAAGAGAGCAUGUGGCAAGGUUAUUAUGGUUUAAAUAUGUUUACCAGUAAACGAAAAGAAAAUAAAUAA